GGAGUCAGCGGGCGAGCGGACGCCGUCGGCCUGGUUUCUUUUCUAGCCAGUGGGUUUUUUUUGUAAAUAUCUCUCUUUUUCGUUGGCCGAGGAGUUCCGAGAACUACUGGACUGCACCUCGAGACAGCUGUCGACUUGGUACAGUAAACAAAGAAACCAGUUCUUCACCUAUUUUGGGAGUUUCUCAUUCAUCUCACUGGGCUUCCAGAGCAUUUUACGGAGCAAAGGGAGAUGUUUGGACUGUAGCGUUAGUAUUUAUCCAUGAAUUAGCUCUCUUGAAGACUUUGUAUGCACUUUUAAGCUCUAAAAGCCAGACCGUGCGCCCCGAGGGGGCUGUUUACCCUUUAACUUUAAACCUGGUAGACUUUAGUGAGGUGGGUGUGUGUAGCUGUGAGCGUAUCGAUUCGAUUCAUUCAUAUAUGCCAACAACAACAACAGCAUCAACAACAACAGAAAAAUGGAACAACCGUUUUAUCAUGACGACUCGUUUCUCUCUGCUUAUGGCCACCCAGACGCUGCUCUGCACGACUACAAGCUGCUAAAGCAGAACAUGAGCGCCGGCUUCGCCGAGCCAUACCGGAGCCUCAAGUGCGACUUCUACGCGGCUGGAGCUGGAGGAGCAGGGGACCCGGCUUCUCUGAAGCUCGCUUCUCCCGAGUUGGAGAGGCUCAUCGGUGGCGGCGGAGGCGGCGGGGUGAUCACCAGCCCGAGCACGGGCACUUGCACCGGAGCCGGAGCCGCACCGGUCCAGCAGCACGUGUACGCGCGCACGAUCGCCGAGGACCAAGAGUGCUUCGCGGACGGCUUCGUGAAGGCGCUGGACGAGCUGCACAAGAUGAACCACGUGCCUCCGCCCAACGUGGCUCUCGGAGGAGCCGGCGGCGGCUCCUCGUGCGCCGGUGCAUCUGUGUUCCCGGACGCCCCGGUGUACGCUACGCUCAACAGCUGCCAUCCCAACACUACUCUGCCUCCGGCGGCGAGCUACCCCACGGCAACUAUCAGCUACCUGCCCCAGUACCACCACCAUCAUCAGCACCAGCACCACCACCACCAGCCCCAUCACUUCCAGCACGCGGCCAGGCUCGCCGGCUUGAAGGAGGAACCGCAGACCGUGCCGGACCUGCAGGGAGACAGCUCGCCGCCUACGUCGCCCGUGGACAUGGAGGACCAAGAGCGGAUGAAGGCGGAGCGCAAGCGGCUGCGCAACCGGCUCGCGGCCACCAAGUGCCGGCGACGGAAGCUGGAGCGCAUCUCGCGCUUGGAGGACAAGGUGAAGGUGCUCAAGUCCGACAACGCGGGGCUCUCGAGCGCCGCCUCACUGCUGCGCGAGCAGGUGGCGCAGCUCAAGCAGAAAGUCAUGACGCACGUUAGCAGCGGGUGCCAGCUGAUGCUCGCGCCCAAAGUCAAGACGUACUGAAAAUGGACAUUACUGAGAGGGACAGUGACCUUUUUUACAAAAGUACACAAGUUUGUGAUGGAAAUGCACUGUGUGUGUGUGUGUGUGUGUGUGUGUGUGUGUGUGUGUGUGUGUGUGUGUGUGUGUGUGUGUGGUGGGCCAGAUCAAGUCUUACUGAACGGACAAUGACCUUAAGAAGUGUCAGGGUUGGGGCCUGCUCGCGCCCGAGAUCAAGUCUUACUGAAAGGACAAGGACUUUAAAAAGUGUGUCUGGAAGAUGACGUGAUGCAAAAAAACUGCAUUUUUCAUGCAAACAGUACUUCAGCACUUGUGUGCAUUUGUUCGUGUUUUCCUGUAGAAAACUAUAUUGUGUUGCUGCCUCUUGUUUUGUAAAGCAUUUCCUUACUAAAAUACUUUGUUCGUGUGGUACUUCCCAAUGAAAUGAAAUGAAAUGCGCAGGAAAGCAACGCUGAGACUGUAGAAGCACUGACUUUAAGAGAGAGACAGAGAGAGAGAGAGAGAGAGAGAGAGAGAGACAGACAGACAGAGAGAGAGAGAGGAAAACACCUUAAAAAGAAUUUGUUCACAUGUACUUGUGUGAUAUCCUAUGAAUACGUUACAGUAAGUUAUUGUCACUGUUUACGUCUGGUUGACCCGGACAAAAAAACUGUAAAUGUUCCUAUUUUUGUGUUUGUUUUUGUUUUCUUGGGAUUUUGUAUUUAAGUAAAAGCCUUUGAAACAAGA